AAAUCUGUUCAGGAGUUUCAAGCUAGACGUUAGUAAUUAGUAUAUUAUUAUAGGCACCUAGUGGCUAAUAAUAAUAUUGUAAUUUGUGGUCUGGGUUAUUAAGAAAUGCCAAAUGUAGUUAGUUAUUAAAUCAUAAUAAUCAUCGCAUUUAAGUUAAAAAGAUUUUUGUUUUAAUCACUGAUUGGGUAUUACCAAAACAAAACGUUUUGUUGUUUUAAAUUAUAGUUUAAAAUUUACAAAUCUUACAUUGGCUCGAGCUAUGUUUUCCUAUACAGAUGUAAUAGAAUCUGAUGUUUUUAAAUCUAUAACAUUAAUAAACACUGUUACUUGUGUGAAGUUUGUUGGUUGUUAUCUCUUCGCUGGUGUAGGAAAUUGCUUACUUGUUUAUGACACUCGUACAAAAAGUCUGAGUCUACGUAAGAAAAUAUUUGAUAAAGCCUCCAUACACGGUAUUCAAAAUAACAAUGAUACAACAUUAAUUGCUAUACACGGAGAAAAUUAUGUAGCCAUUCAUAAAUUAACUACUCAUAAUGGUUUUUUAUUAACAUUUGAGUGUAUACUACAAACUGAUGAUUGGGUUUGUAAUAUUUUGUGGUUAAAAGACAAUUUAUUAUUAUCAGUAUCGUCUCAUAAUAUUGCUAAAGUAUGGAAUUUUAACCUAAAUAAAGAAUUAAAUUCGUCAAAGUGUGAUGAACAAUGUAUACUAUACUCGGCAACAUCAGUGGGAGAAGACAUAGAUAAUACUAUAAUAUUUUCAGGGACAGUAUUUAGAGAAAUUGUAAUUUGGAGUCCUUUUAGAAGGCACAAUUGUACAAAUAUUUUACACAGGCUACAAAAACAUGAGGGUGUUAUAUUUUCAAUAUAUGUCAAUAAAUCAAACACUCUUCUAAGUUCUACAUCGGACGAUAGAAGUAUUGUAAUCUGGAAUGUUGAAACAUCAAUAAAAUAUAAAACAUUGUACGAACACUGGAAGAAUGCCACUAUUGCACCAAAGUAUUCGUUCUAUGCACAUAAAGCGAGAGUUUGGAAAAGCAUUUUAUUGACGUCUGGCAGUGUUCUAAGUGCUGGAGAAGACGGCCAAAUAUGUUUAAAUUCUUUAUCUUCGAUUUAUCAAUGGGAAGAAAGUCGAGGUUCUCAAGUUCGCAGUUUGGACUAUUUAGAAAACGAGUAUUUAAUGGCCAGUGGAUGUACAACUGGUAGUGUAGGACUUUGGUCGUUAGAUUCUAUACCGAAAUGUAGUGUUCUUGACGAUUAUAAAAUUUUAAACCGCUAUCCAAAACACUUAGUUAUUUUAAACAACAUUUGCACCUUGGUACUUUAUUCUGAUGGACAAGUCGUUGAAUACAAAACCACUAUUAGCCGUGAUGUCUACCAAAAUGAUAUUUUGUGUUGCACAUUAACAAUGACUAAGUCUCCUUGUGAACGUUUAAUACUUUUUACAACUAGUAGUGGACACAUAGUAAUUUUAAAUAAUAUUGGAGAAAAACAUGUUCAAUUUUUUUAUGAUCAAAUUUCAUCAACAAAAAUUAACUGUUCUCUUUGGCUGAACAGUAAAAAUGUAAUUACUAGUUCGGUGGGAAAUACGAUUUGUUCAUAUAAAAUUAAUGAAGAUUUAAAGUUACAUCAUAUAGGAACAUAUAAUAUAAGUUCGAAAGCAAAUAUUUGGAUAACAGCGGCUGUGCAAAUUGAAUCUUUAAUUCUUACUGGUAGUAAUGAAGGAUCUAUUUUUGUUUUUCUUCAAAACCAAAAGGAACCAAUACAAGUGUUUAACAAAGUUCAUAGCUUUGCCGGUGUCACUGCAAUGUGGUUUCAUGGUCAGUUUUUAAAUACUUUAAUUGUUAGUUCAGUUGGCCGAGAUGGUUGUCAUAGAUAUUGGAGCAUAUCAGCCGAAACUAACCAUAUUUUUGAAACCCGUUGUGAAAUAUUGCCCACUAAAUGGCCAUUCCGAAUUUACAAUACUCGUACAAAUGGUCUAUUAAUUUGUGGCUUUAAGGAAAACAAUUUGAUUAUUUAUAGUUCAGUUGAACAAAGAAUUCUCGCGAGUGUCUUUUGUGGUGGCGGCCACAGAGCCUGGGAUCUGACCUUUGCUAAUAACUCUACUGACAUUUACUUUGUGUGUAGUUCUGCAAGUGGUAAAUUGGAAAUGAAAAAAAUACCGUUGAAUGGCCAGCAUACGCUCUUGAAAGGUUUCCAUUCAAUGAUUAUUAAUUCAAUGUCUCAAAUUGAUAAUAAUCUUAUGGUAACAGGCAGCGAUGAUACGACUGUUCGAUUAACACGGUUUGGACAAGAGUUGAACAAUAUAUUAACACUUCGAAGUCAUAUAUCAUCUGUUCGCUCAGUUUCCUCUCUCCAGUUGGAACCUGAUGUGUAUGUUAUUGUAACAGCUGGUGGCAGGGCUCAGUUAAAAGUAUGGAUCCUAAAAACCGCAGACAAUGACGUUUAUUGUGAAGAAUCUGUUUCUUAUUUACUGAAAACAAAGCAUGAAAAAAAACCAUGGAAAUCUAAACCUUCAAAUGAAGGAGAAACUCGAUUUAUGGAUGUAUGCUUGCAACUCACUAAAUCAAAAUCAGUAUUAAUUUCUGUCGGAUGUUCUGAUGCGAUUUUAAGGCUGUAUAAUUUUAAUGUAGAUAGCAAAAUACUGUGCCCAAUUAUAGAAAGUGCAGAUUGCAAUAAUUGUAUUUUAAAAGUUCUAAAAGCUCAGAUACACAUGACCCACUAUAUACUAUCAAUGGAUACUCGAGGAUAUGUUUUGUUUUGGGACAUUUCAGUUUGCAUUAACAACAACAGUGAAUCGCUGAGCAAUAUACUUCCUGUCUAUAAAAAUAGUUUCCAUCAGUCAGGCAUAAAUUGUUGUGACUGGUUAAAAUUAGAAAAUGAAUACAAUUUACUCACUACUGGCGGCGAUGACCAAUGUAUAUGCUUGACAAUAUUCCGUUUAGAAAAUGAUACUGUGGUGUUAGGGUGCACUUCUUCUAUAACUGUUCAUAAUUCUCAAGUAACUGGUGUACGGAUAUUUGACACAUUUGUCUUAAGCACUUCCGUAGACCAAAAAAUCAUAUUUUCUUCGUGGCAAUUCAACGCAACAACGAAUAAAAUAAUAAUUUCCUCACUAGCGACUUACUUCACUACAGUUGCUGAUAUUCAUGGUUUUAUUGCCCAAAAAGAAGGUAACGUGGUCCGAACAAUUGUUUACGGCCAAGGAGUGGAAAUGUUUUGCGCAGAUAUGGAUCAAUUGACUGAUGAGCCGACGGUUGAGCGGUGUACCGAACCUCUUGAACUCGGUGAAGGACCUCACUGGCAACAAUCCACGCAGAGCUUGUAUUUCGUGGACUUGCACAAAGGAUCUAUUCAUCGAUAUCAUCCCGAGACCAAGAGUCAUUACAAAGCGGUCAUAGAGGGUUACCAGGAUGUGACGCUCGUUAUACCUGUCGACGAGAAACCUAACACGUUCGUGGUUGGAUUAGGCCCUUCGAUAGGAGUUGUGGAAUGGGACGGUGUGGCCAACAAAACGAGCGCACCAUCGUACUUAAAGUUGGUGGACACUAAACCUGGAAAUCGUCUUAACGACGGGAAAGCUGACGCCACAGGCAGGCUGUGGGUCGGAUCUAUGGGUCCGGAGAUGGAAGACCUACCCGGACACUAUCACAAGUCAAGGGGCACGCUGUUUUCGGUGGAGCUGGACGGGUCGAUCGUAGUCAGAGUGCCGAAUGUCAGCAUUUCCAACGGACUUGCGUGGAGUUCGAACAACAAAGAGUUUUUUUAUAUCGACACGUACAAAUGGGCAGUGGUCGGUUUUGACUUUGACAUCACUUCCGGCGAACUAGCCAAUCCCAGAGUGAUUUUCGACUUGAAAACCAAAAACGUUUCUGGCGACCCCGACGGUAUGACUAUCGACUCCGACGGAAACUUGUGGGUCGCUUGUUUCAACAGCAAUCACAUAUUGAAAAUCAAUCCGUCCACCGGUAAGCUCUUGCAGUCCGUCAAGCUUCCGGCGUAUCAGAUCACCUCGGCCGCAUUCGGUGGACCCAACAUGGACGAGCUGUACGUGACUACCGCCGGUUACCAGUUGACUGACGAGCAGUACACAAGGCGCCCGGAUUCUGGUUCGUUGUUUAGAAUUCUGAAAACUGGCUCGACGGGUUUCCCAGGCGUUUCCGCCAAAAUCCACCAGUGCCCCGAAAACCACUUGCAUACUGUUUAACGACUGUUUUACUACACUUUACUGUUAUUGUAAAUACUAAAUAUUUAUAACAUAAAUAUAUUAUUUAAUAUAAAUUUGUUGUUACGUUGAAGUGAAAAUAGUGGAUGUUACUUAAAUUUAAAUAUUGAACAAUUUUAAGUAAAAAAAUGUAUUGCACUUGA